UCAUCGUCGUUCAUUCGUGCUUGUUGUGCAAUGCAAUUCGUGCGUCGUGUUACGGUGUGUGGGGCGUAGAAAUAAGAAAAGUGUAGUGUAGUUAGUGUUUGAUGGUGGGGCUGUUUGUGGUGUGUAGGUUGAUAAUAAGCUGAAGGAAAAAAACAAGGCCCAACCAUUCGCAGACGGAUCAGCCGCAGCAGGUUUUUAAUUUGUUAAUUUGAGCACUUUCCUACGAAUUUACCAACAUCCGAAGGACUGAACGGUGCCGAACAAUCCAUCAAUGAAACGAUGCUGAACCUUUGAAGGAGAUCCGGUUGAAGGAAAAGCUGCAGAUUUGCAAAAGCCAAUAGUUACAAAAGGGUCGCUCUGAAAAAAGUCAUAAUUUAGUUUGUGUCGUCUAUCCUCACUCGAUCCUCCUGCCUACCAUUAUUAUCUACGAAGUGCGCUGCUGGCUGAUGGUAGUGGUAUAUAUUUGUGGCAAGUGUAGUGUCUCUCUGUUGUUUGUGCUCGGAACGACUCCGGUGGUGGAUACGUCGUCGCCAGUCUGUGAUUGAUACCUACAUGAUAACGCAAAACAACGACGGUCAGUCUUCUCAUCGUCCGAUUACCGAAGUGGAAGUGAGGAUUCUUCAGCAGUAAAGAAGAGUGACGAAUUGAGUGCAAUUUACAAUAUUGAAUAAAUACCGGGGCAAAGUAAGAAGGCGAAGAAAUAGUGACAUUUGAAUACCUUCGUGUAUGAGCGAUUACUAUCAUGUAGUGCAAAAAGGGGACACAGUCGUUCUAUUGUACAUUCGUGUCAAUUAUUAUCGCAACGAUUCAUUCACACAUAUCAAUCGACAAAACCUCACGCGGAGGACUUUCGGCCUCUCCCCCUCGAAACGGACGGUGUUAAUUGGUGACAGCUUCCGGCACUGAACCCUUCUCAUCGCGAGCGGAAUCGGUUCUGGGACCUGGAAACAGUAUGCAUUUCUCCAUUCCGGACACACAGGAGUUCGGUCCGGACAAUUCCGGAUCGUCGUUCACGGGCUUCAACAUUCACAUCAACGGUAGCUUCCACUGUUGCCUGCGGUACAAGCAGCUGCACAGCCUCCACGAGCAGCUGAAACGGUCACUACCCACGCUGGCACUGCCGAGCUUUCCACCCAAGAAGCUACUCCCACUGACGCCGAAUCAGAUCGAGCAGCGGCGGAUCAGCCUCGAGCGGUACAUUCAACUAGUCGGCCAAGAUCCAGUCCUAUGCCGCUCGGAGCUGCUCCGGGCGUUCCUGCUGAACGCCCAGCAAGAGUCCUCCUUCACCGAAUGCCGCGAGGUCAGCCUGGACGUGUUCCUCAUGAACGGCUACCGGAUACUGACGAAAGCCUUCACGACAGACUGCUCCAGCAAGGUGCUGGAAAAGGCCUGCUCCCUGAUUGAUCUACCCAAAGAAUACACGUACUAUUUUUCCCUCUAUCUGGUGCGCAACGAAACCAACGGUGACGUGGCCAUCAGCAAGAAGCUGAUGGACUUUGAGGCUCCCCACAUUUCGCAGAAACAGUGGGAGGACUGCAAGAUUGUGAUACGGACCAGCUACUGGGACGCAAACUACGAUCUGGAACUGAUGCGGGACCGGAUCGCGCUGAAUCUCCUCUACAUUCAGGCGCUGAGCGACGUCGAGCGAGGCUGGAUCCUGACCACUCGGGACCUGAACGAACAGCUGACCGAGCUGCAGGCCCGGGGGAACAAACGGGAGUAUCUGGAGAUUGUCCGCAAGCUGCCCCUGUAUGGGUGUUUGCAGUUCCCGCGGGUGUGCGUGGACUAUCCCCAACCGAACACGAUGGCCACGGUCAUCAUCGGUAAUCGGGAACUGAACCUGCUGACGCACUACGGCAAGAAAAUACAGGAAACCAAAUUCAAAGUGACGAGGAUCCGGUGCUGGCGGGUGACGACGAUCCACAAUAACGAAGAAAUCUCCUCCAACUCGUCGUCGGAGAGUCGAGGCGACCCAUCAAACAACCUGGAGCUGUCGUUCGAGUAUCUGAUGGCGAAGAAUCAGCUCAAGUGGAUCACGAUCUACAGCGAACAGUCGAUGCUUAUGUCCGUGUGCCUUCAGUCGAUCGUGGAUGAACUGCUCAAUCAGAAGAACGGAUCCGACAUCAACAACAUUCAGACUCAUCAAGCCGAAUUUGCUCCCCUUUCGUACAUACGGCGGGACGGUUCCAAUUAUUACAUCACCGAUUCCAGCUCAACCGAUACUCUGAGUAGCAUAAGUGACAGCAACAGUACAUCGAAUCAACCAUCCAACAAUGGCAGCGGCAACCACCCGACGACGAACAACGGUACCUCGUCGUCGUACAUCCGGCGGAAGCUGAAGGAGUUCAACACGACGGUCCGCUUCAAGAGCGGGAAAGACUCCGUCCACAAUGAAGCCUUCGAGUGGAUCGGAGACGAUGACCUGUAGAAGACAACAAUAAUGAUGCUCUCUCUCUCUCUCUGACUCCCUUCCUCAUCAGUCCUGAUGCAUUUAAGUUGUAUUGCAAUUGCAAUACAUACCUAAAUACCAACACUGCUACCAACCAACCAAGCCGGUUGCUUCAGCCUGAACAAUGUUUUAUUUUUUUUUUAUAACAAACACAUUCAAAACAUUUUUUAACCUGUUGUACAUUGUUUCCCCCUCUUCCUGUUUGUUUUAUUUAUCAUAUUAAGAGACUUUCGUCUUCUGCAUUAUGCGCAUGUAUUUAGUUGUAAAUUCAGAACAUUUUGUAAUUGUACCUUAUUAUAUAUGAUAAUCGAAAAACAAAAACAAUAUCUUCAUCAUUUAGAAGCAGA